UCGUGUUUUUCAAUCUCUCGUCCGGCUGUGGAACACGCGCCCGCGCGCGCGCGUACUUGCUGCUCACAGACACACACGAACACGCUCGCACGUACAUACAUAUUAUACGCAGUUGCUCCGUACUAAUAAUUUUUUAACACGCGUAUUGUGUUAUAUAUGUAUAUAUAUAUAUAUAAAUAAAGAAAAUUUUACCGAGAACCAAUUUUUUUCUCUCAACUCGCGUACCGCCCUCUUCCGUCGUUGCGUACCGGCAGUGUUAAUAGUGACCGCGUACAACAGUCGUCGUCCGUCUCCUUAGCCGCAGCGCAAUAUUUCUAUCACAUUGGUCGUGUCCACGUCCAUUAUAGGUUAAACUAGUCUGUUGGUCAAGUUAAAUAUCAAAUGUCUGGAGAUAAAGAGGACUCGGUUCAGAGAGCCAAGCUGGCCGAGCAGGCGGAACGGUACGACGACAUGGCUAGCUCAAUGAAAUCUGUUACCGAAACUGGCGUGGAACUAUCUAAUGAAGAGCGCAAUCUGCUUUCGGUAGCCUACAAAAAUGUUGUAGGUGCUAGGCGGUCAUCGUGGCGAGUAAUCUCUUCAAUCGAGCAAAAAACAGAAGGUUCUGAGAAGAAACAACAAAUGGCAAGAGAGUAUCGGGAGAAGGUUGAAAAGGAACUUAGGGACAUCUGCUACGACGUAUUGAACCUUUUGGACAAAUACCUAAUCCCCAAAGCCAGUAAUGCCGAAAGCAAAGUCUUCUACCUUAAAAUGAAGGGUGAUUAUUAUAGGUACCUAGCGGAAGUUGCCACUGGCGAAACUAGAAAUGCUGUGGUUGAUGAUUCUCAACUAGCAUACCAGGAUGCAUUCGAAAUCAGUAAAGCAAAAAUGCAACCAACACAUCCAAUCCGAUUGGGUCUGGCGUUAAAUUUCUCCGUGUUUUUCUACGAGAUACUAAACUCACCAGAUAAAGCUUGCCAACUAGCAAAACAGGCUUUUGAUGAUGCAAUUGCUGAGCUGGAUACAUUAAACGAGGACAGCUACAAGGACUCAACGCUCAUCAUGCAAUUGUUACGUGACAACUUGACUUUAUGGACGUCUGAUACGCAAGACAACGAUGAGCCCCAGGAAGCCACUGGAGACAACUAACUCUUUUACUAAAAUAUUUAAUAUAAACAAAUUUAAAAAAAACUAUAAUAAUUUUUAAUAAAGCAAAACAAACAUUUACACACUUCCGCGAGAAACUGCGCCCCCUUCAUCUUCCACCUGCCCCACAACUGCGCUCUCACGACACGCUCUUUGUUUUUUCGUUAAUCUUUUUUUUUUUGUAUACCUGUUCUUUAAAAACAAAAAGUCUUGAAUAAGAAUAAAUAAACACAUUUUUUUUUCUUUAUUAGUCUAUUAAUUAUAUUGAAUGUUUAUAACUAUUAUUAUAUAGAGUUGAUACAAUAAACAUAAUUAUAUAUAAAUAUAUAUAUAUACAUUUUGGAAGUAAGUUAUAGUUACACUAGAUCAUUUAACAUGUCGUUUGCUGGCAAUUAAGGAAACCUUUUAGAAAUUAAUGUGUCUUAGAUCUUCAAACCGUCUAAGCGUGUCAAGUAUCAAACUGAAACUACUAGAGACCACUAUUGCCAGCAUCCUACAUGUUGACCGUUAUUAAUGUUUAAAUAAUAUAUAUUUAAUUUUGAAUCCGGUUUUUUCGGUGUAUAACUUCAAUAUCUGUAAAAACAAUGUUUAUUCUCAUAAUUCGUUCAUAAUUGUAUAUGUGUAUUUAUAUAUAUAUAUAUAUGUAUAUAUAUAUAUAUAUAUAGAUAUAAUUUAUAUUUAUUAUAUAAACCCAAAAAAAUUGUUGUAAUAAUAACAUUUGUGCUGAGUUUCUAAUUGCUGUGAUUUUUCUAUCUUUACAAGUCAUGAAUAUAGUGGUUUCUUACUGGUUUUAGCCUGUAGUCGUCUCAUCUUUGCCGGUUUCGACUCCCGCUCCCUCGCUCACAUCGUUAUCUUUUUUAAUUUUUUUUUUAAAUAUAUAUAUAUAUACAAAUUGUUGUACUUAAAAUUGAAUUAUUUACCUUUUAAAUGAAAACAUGCUACACAAUCUAUACGACAACUGUAGUACGUUACGGCUUAAAUUUUCCUCGCUUUUCUGAAAUCUUGGUUUCGUUGUAUCAUAACUUCUUUUUCAAAGCGCGGCCUGACAAUUCACUAAACAUUUGAUUAAUUAUUAUGAUAUAUAAGUGUUCCAUUUUGAAAAUUUUUAUACAAUAUUGUGGUAUAAACUUAAUUUAUUAAAAAUUGAUAAAAGUUUUUCGUUUUUAAGUAUAAGCAGCCAUUGUAAGUAAUUUGUAUAAGAUGCACUUUUAUUAUUUUGCAAUUUGUUUGAUUUAAAUAUAUAUAUAUAUAUAUAUA